UUUUCCUGCGGAAGGCCUUUUGCCUAUAAUUUUGUGUUUCUCAGCAUGCUGAAGCAUGCAAAAACGGCUAUUUCAAAUUUUUGCAUAUCAUCGACAACGCCCUAUUCUUCUCCCAGCCACUCCCUUCAUCCUCCAACCUCGUCACCUGCUCUACAACGUCUGGUGGUAAUUCCUUGUCGCUUCAGAAUCAAAUCCAGUAAAUACCCUCCCCAGUAUAUUCAAGAGCUCAUCAAACAACAAGAAAAGCGCAAUGCAUCGCCCAAUGUCUUCAGUUUUCGCCAAUACAUAGCGUGGAAAAACGGCAAAUGGAAACCUGGCUUCCACCCAGAAAUCAAGAAAAAGUUUCGGAAAAAAGUGCACUGCAUGAACCCUUAUGUUAAAGUGUCCGCAGAUUUUGUUAAGGAAGCUGUUAAAUACUCCGAAUACAUGACUCAGCAACACCCCAGUUCGACCCAGGCUGCAGAGCUCACCCUAUCUGAAGGCCAGAUUCUUGAAGAGCUCAACAAGUUUGAACUGAGACAACGAACGCUUAAAAACACAAAAAGCUCACAAUUAUCUAGGGAACAAGAAGAAAGUAGAAUUAAACGAAAAGAACGUAUACAAAGAAAAAAAAAGAAGGCUAAAUCACAGAAGCACACGCAGGAAGAGGAUGAAGAAGACGUCCGCGAAGACCCAUCUGUUUCUAUUUCUCAACUGUUGGAAGCAGGCAACAAUAAGAAUUCCGCCGAUAUCGAGGAUGAAGAGUUUGUUUUCAAAGACAAAUAA